GACUCCAAAUUAACUACAAAUCCUACCAUCAGAGAUAUGUUCAUAUCACAAGCCAACAUACUCUUUAAACUAAAACCUCUAGUUUUCAAAAUAGCACUACUUUUCUUGCUUGGCAUCACAACCAAUAGAAACCACCUCCCCACCAACCCCCCUUCCCUUUACACAAUGCCUUUCUUUGGCAACCUAAGCUUCCACAACAUCAACCAUGCUUCUAAAGACUUUGGCAAUAGAUACCAUCUCAUCCCCACAGCAAUCCUCUACCCAAACUCCACCUCCAACAUUGCCCACAUCAUCAAACAUGUAUUCAACCUAGGCCUCACUUCCCACCUCACCGUGGCCGCCCGCGGCCAUGGCCAUUCUCUCGAGGGCCAGUCCCUAGCCCCCGAUGGCGUGGUCAUCCACAUGGAGUCGUACAAAUCCCCGGGGAUGGCGUUCCACACAGGGGAUCAUUACCCCUAUGUAGACGUCUCGGCCGGUGAGCUAUGGAUAAACAUCCUCCAUGAGAGCCUCAAGAGGGGCCUCAGUCCCAAAUCUUGGACCGACUACCUCCACCUCACCGUCGGCGGAACGCUCUCCAACGCCGGCAUCAGCGGCCAGGCUUUUCGACACGGCCCUCAGAUCAACAAUGUCUACCGACUACGCGUCGUCACAGGCAGGGGAGAUGUGGUGACGUGCUCGGACGAGCAGAAUGCCGAUCUCUUCAACGCAGCUCUCGGCGGAUUAGGCCAGUUUGGGAUCAUCACUGAGGCUAGAAUCGCUCUAGAGCCAGCUCCAGCGAAGGUGAAAUGGAUCAGAGCAUUAUACUCUGACUUCACCGCAUUCACCAACGAUCAAGAGCGUCUCAUAUCCUCUUCCCGAGACGCUCUUGACUACUUGGAAGGAUUCGUCGUGAUAAACAGAACCAGACUGCUAAAUAGCUGGAGAUCCUCCUUCAACCCGAAGGAUCCAGUCCAAGCAGAACAGUUCACUUCCGAAGGAAGGGUUCUGUUCUGCUUGGAACUGGCAAAGUAUUUCAACUUAGAAGACGUCGGCGAGAUUGAACGGGAAGUGGACAGCCUUUUAUCCGAAUUAAGUUUCAUUCGCUCGACCCUGUUCGUGUCCGAGGUCUCCUACGUGGACUUCCUAGACAGAGUCCACGUGUCGGAGAUGAAACUCCGCGAGAACAACCUGUGGGACAUGCCUCAUCUGUGGCUGAAUCUACUCGUGCCGAGAAGCAGCAUCUAUGGCUUUGCUAAGCAAGUAUUCCACAACAUUGUUGAGGAUACAAGUAAUGGCCCUGUUUUGAUCUACCCUGUUGACAAAUCCAGAUGGAAAAAUGGGACGUCUUUGGUGACGCCUGAGGAGGAUGUUUUUUAUUUGGUGGCGUUCCUGAGCUCAGCAGUGCCGUCUUCUGCAGGGAAAGACGGCCUGGAUGCCAUUUUAACGCGAAAUAGACGGAUUGUAAAGUUUAUUAGUGAGUCAAAUCUGAGGGUCAAACAGUAUUUGCCUCAUUACAAUACCACACAAGAGUGGAGGGAGCAUUUUGGAGCAAAAUGGGAGAUUUUCUUGAGGAGGAAAAUGUUGUACGACCCCCUCGCCAUCUUGGCCCCCGGGCAAAGGAUUAUCCCAAGGGCCAACGCCAAAAUUCCAAGCAGCAAAAAUAAUUUAAAAGAAUUAAAUAAAUGAAAGAAUAAGGUACAUAAUAGUAGAGAGGAAUGAGAAUUGUGGAAUUGUACCUAUUUACUGUACACCAUAUAAUUCAAAAAGUCAGUCAAGGAGAAAAAA